UCCAUUUUUUUGAUUUUCCCGAACACGGUUUUAAAAAGCUCGAAGGUGAUGGAUCUUUCCAGAAGCUCACGAUCACUAACAAAUCAUGCACUUAUAUCGUACGUGUAGAAGUAGCUCAGCUCAGUGCCUGUUAUUUAGAUUGUGUUCUUGGCUUUUUAGAUAAGAAAAAUUAAUUUAACAGUUUAAAAGAAAAAUUAAAAGAUAAUUAUCUCAUCAAAUAAUUAAAAAUUGAGCAAAAGCCAGUUUUUCGAAGCGAUUUAUGAGACGGUAAUAGUGUAAAAAAUGAUAGCAAAAACCGACGGACUAGUUUAAAAUAUCGAAGGACGUGAUGGACUAAUGUGCAAAAAGUCUCUGUAUAUUAUUAUGGUCCCCUCGGAUCCCUAAGGCCCGUUACCCCGUAGCCACCGCAAAGUCCACAGAGAAAAGAAAAGAGGCGAGGAAAGGGUUCGGGGGAAAGAGAACGAGGAGAGCGAUCGCCAUGGGAGGCGGCAACGGGCAAAAGGCGAAGAUGGCGCGCGAGAGGAACAUGGAGAAGAACAAAGCGGCCAAAGGGAGCCAGUUGGAAUCGAACAAGAAGGCCAUGAACAUCCAGUGCAAGGUAUGCAUGCAGACAUUCAUCUGCACCACGUCAGAAGUGAAGUGCAGGGAACAUGCCGAGGCGAAGCAUCCGAAGACUGAUCUCUACCAGUGCUUCCCCCACCUUAAAAAAUAGUACUGGGGCUAGAAGAAGAAAGAUACAACUGUUACUAGUUUUCUUAAGGGUGGUUUUAUCUGUUCUGUGUGUUAAACUGGGUUGCAUAAGUGUGUAGACAUCCAUCUGUAAUGCUUUGAACUAUUUUAAGAGUGGAUUUGCUUCCCUGCUGAUGCAUCUUCUGCUUAUUCGUAUUUGAAAACAUAUUCUUUGGUAACAAUCUGGUGAAAGAAAACCAACAGUUUAGUUUUCCGAAAUGUAUGUUAAUGGAAUCAAGUGUCAGAAUGUAGUUGCUGUUGUCUGUAUGGUGCGAUCAUUUUACAUGACAAGAUGGCAGAGAUUAAACACCCUUUUA